GCGACGGCCACGAUAUUGCGCUGCCAAGGCGCCGCGCGGUCAGUCUGUGCCAACGUGCGAUUAUGUACAAACCGGUGUUGGGCAUCGUGCUCGUACACGUUGCCGUCCUCGUCGCGAACUCGGCGCGUCCGGCGCGGUCGUCGCCCGCACAAAACAUCGAUCCCGGAGUCGCUUUUCGUGCCACCGCCGUCGAUCCCGCAGCAGUCGAGACCGUCACGGACAAUUUCACGGCUACCAUCGUUACCGAAGAAAAUGAUACGAGUACCAGUUACGGUUUCGGUAACAGCAGUACAUGUGAAAAUGCCAGCCGUUCUAUUGACGACUUUCCUCCAGACUUCUUCACCAACGAACAAAGACGUCACGGUGCGGUUGUCUUUCACUUCUUGGUGGCAUUUUAUGGAUUCGUUUUCAUAGCAUUCGUGUGCAAUGAUUAUUUUUUACCGUCGGUGUUUUGCAUAUGUUUAGACCUGGGCAUCUCACCGGACGUGGCGGGCGCGACGUUCAUGGCAACGGCCACGUGCGCGCCGGAACUGUUCGUCAGCGUCAUCGGAACGUUCCUGACCGAGUCGGACCUGGGUGUGGGCACGAUAGUGGGCAGCGCCAUAUACAACACGCUAGGCGUGUCGGCAUGCGCGGGCCUGGCCGCCAAAAAGGCCAUCAGACUGGAGAAGUGGCCGCUGCUGCGCGACAGCGGCGUGUACAUUGUGGCCAUCGUCGCGCUGGCCGUCAUCGUGGUCGACGACGUGGUCAUGUGGUACGAGGCGCUGUUCAUGUUGAUCAUGUACUUCGGCUACUUCCUGUUGAUGUUCACGCAAGGCAAGCUCCGGAUGGCCGCGAAAAAGUUGAAAAACAAGAACUCCUUCCGGUCCUGGACUAUAGUUUUCGAUUACGUUCAACGGCUGUUAAUCAAUGUAUUGUUUUACGGGAAAUUUACUUCGAACGAAUCUCGAAGCAUUACGUUGCAUGAAAGUUGUACUACACAAGCAUGCCAAUACGGAACGGCUACAAACACAGUGAAACCACCGGCGUUCGACAUCGGUUAUGGUGUUUACCGUUCGUUCUACUUCACAGAAUACGUGCCGGCGAAAACGACCCAAACGUCUAAAGAUCUCAACCAGGCGGACGACGGGGAAAAGAUUUCGCCGAUAUGGAAAGCACCCGAGGGCGUGUUGCCCACCGUGUGGUGGGCGUUCUCGCUGCCGGUGGCAUUCGCGCUGUCGGUGACCGUGCCGGACUGCCGGACCAAGCGCAAGGUCUACCCGUUCACGUUCAUCAUGUGCAUCAUCUGGAUAGGCAUCAGUUCGUACAUUGUGUCCUGGAUGUUGGCCGUAUGCGGCGACACGUUUCACAUAAGCGACAUUGUGAUGGGAAUCGCUGUCUUGGCGGCCGGCGGCAGCAUACCGGAGGCCACGUCGGGCAUAAUAAACGCACGGAACGGUGAGGGAUCGAUGAGCAUCAGCAACGCUUUGGGCGCAAACACUCUGGACAUACUGUUGUGCUUGGGGCUGCCGUGGUUCAUCAAAAGUCUAAUGCCCGUAGCGAUGAAAGGAGGUCCGGUCCAAAUGGAGACCAACGACUUGUUUUUCAACUGCAUAUGUAUGAUCAUCAGCGUAGUUAUACUGAAUAUUGCGGCUGCUGCCAACGGGUUCAAAAUGUAUAAGACUUUUGGCAUUAUAUGUUUGAUCGGCCACGUGGUCAUCAUAACAUUGUUCGUGUGCAAAGGUCUUAAGAUUGUGAAAGCUCCUAGCAUUGGACAAUGUUAGUAUACUGUGAACACAGUACAUUGUACACAGAGACGUCAGAAAUUCACACGUUAGAUCAUUAUUGAAUGGAAUGGCAUCAACUUUUAGUAUUAAGCAAAUGUAUAGUAGUCAUAACCAUCAAAUAUUUUCAUCUUAUUAGAUAUGUACAAUAUCAUUCAAUGAUGAUUAACUAAUGUAGAUACUAAAUUUGAACCGAUUACAUGUAGUAAAUAUUAGAAUAAUAUUAAGAAAAAAAUAACCACCUAUUUACACAUGUUGUGCCAAUAUUUAGUUUACCAUUAAGUAUCGUUGUUUGAAUAAUAUGUUACAUUAAUAUUGACGACAUGAACGUUAAUUACAAUUUUUAGGUCCUAUGGAACUCUUUUAUAUUAUUUAACUAAGUGAAAUUUUUGUAGAUUGUUAUUUUUUAAUAAACAUUAAUCGUGAAUUAAUUUAAAUACUUGAAUUAUUCAAUAAGAAUGUUCAAUAGCUGUAAGACUGAUGCAUAUAAUAUAGUUAUUCAAAGUUGAAAACAAGCAACUAAUAAAAUACAAAUUAGG